AAUAUUUUACCAAGAGUUGCUGCCUUGCUAGAUGUCUCUCCAAUCUCUGACGUGACUGAGAUCCAAUCCGAAGACACGUUUGUCCGUUUGAUCUACGCUGGUAUGACAGUUCACUGGACUGAAUCAUUUUUGUACGAGUCGAGAAUCUAAGCAGGCGUUUGUAGCUAUGUAACUGCCGUGAGUAUAACAACAAAUCAAUGUUAUGUACAUUUUUAGGGAACGCCGUGACAACGAUCAAAUCAAAUGAUAAAGUGAAGGUGUUCACUGUUCGAGGAACCUCAUUUGAACCCGCGCCCCUUGAUGGCGGUGGUGCUGCGCAGGAAAAUGGUACGUCUUGGUUAUAUAUUGAUUAA